AGAGCGACGGUCCACUGUGUGCGGCGUGCCGGGAAAAUGGGAUAAUGGAGUGGACGAUAAACCCGUCGAGGAACCCGCGGCUCCUGUGAGGAACGUCGGAGCCGCCGUUUUGUGCGUCGUUUUUUUCGUGUGUGUGUGUUUUCUCCUUCGAGCGCUGCUGGUACAAAGAAGCCGCGGUGAGGAGGAGCAGCAGCACUUCCUCCUCCAUCACCUCCGUAUGAAUGAAGGUGGACCUGGAAGCACAGAGUCAGGAUUAUUUGAGCACUUUGAGGGGAUUUUUCUUUAUUUUCCCCCACGCUGGAAGUCCCAUCAGCCGAAAACAGAUGUUAUUGUGUCAAGAGCUGAGAUUUUAUUCUUAAAGUGGCCUUUUCUGGAAUAAUGCACGACAAAGACGAGCGCAACGGCAGGAUUUUAGUCCUUUUUCCAGGUCCUACCUUUUCAUCCAUAUCUCUGACUGAGGUUGUUUCUGUUGUGUGUAUUGUUGCGACUGCGCAACCUACGACAAGUGUCCGCGAUUAGACUGCCCCCUACAGGCCGAGUGUUGUAGUGAACGGUGCAGUUUUGACUAGACUGGGACUCUCUCUGAGUACAUACCUGCGCCAAAUCCUGGAUAUACCUCAGUUUCAGUUUGCUGUGUUAAAGAAAGUGAAAUGAUCCAGAAUUCACACUUGGAUUCAAAUCAGCAUCAAUAUUUAAUACUCGUUUUUCUGGACAAGACUUUUGUUUGAAGUGUUUUUGACACACACAAAAAAAGAAGACAAACCCGGGUAUCUACGUGGUGGAGUUAAUAAGUUGGUCCAAUAUGGUGGAGCCGGUGGGAUUCAUCGAGGCGUGGAAGGCCCAAUUCCCAGAGUCGGAGCCCCCAAAAAUGGAGCUGCGGUCAGUUGGGGGAAUUGAGCAGGAGCUGGAGAAGUGCAAAGCAUCAAUCAGACGACUAGAGCAGGAGGUGAACAAAGAGCGCUUCCGCAUGAUCUAUCUACAGACACUCCUGGCCAAGGAGAGGAAGAGCUACGACAAACAGAGGUGGGGUUUUAGGAAAACGCCCCUCAAUGAGGGGGUGGACCCAGCUGUCACACAGGGGGGCUCAGAAAUCCUCUCCCAACAGCCCCACAUGCAGGAGACAGGUGGAGUUGGAGGGUGUAGUGGGUUUGGUGGCAGUAUUGGAGAUAGGGGCCGUUUUCAACCACUUGGAGAUGCCAGCAGGUCGAAACCCAGGCCUCCCCCAGCCAGGAAGUCAGCCUCCCAUGGAGAUGGCCUGGAGCUCCAAUCAGCCUUUGAGAUACCACAGCAGGUCGAGUCAACAUCCUGCGACAACCUGGAUGGGCUCUCACCAUCCAAGCAGAGAGGUGGUAUCACCAUCUCCCCCCGGAGGCCUACUCUUCCACCACCAGAGAAGCAGUUGCCUUCUGAUCCCAAGGACCAGCUGGGCAUGGGACUCGGGGUAGCAGCACUUAGGUCCAACUUUGAGAGGAUCAAACGGGCCAAUUCACACACUGCUGGUGAUGUAGCUAAAGGUCAGGAGAAACAGCAGCAGCAGCUGCCUCCUCCAUUCUACACCAACAUGGAAUUCCAUCAGGAGAGAGGUCUGGUCAGGGUCAACGACCGUGAUGUGUCAGACAAGAUCAGCUCUCUUGGCAGCCAGGCCAUGCAGAUGGAACGAAAGAGGUCCCUUCACUCCCUCCCAGGUAACCUGGCAACAGUAGCCGGGGAUCUGCGCCCCAGGCCAGUGUACAGAGGGCGUUCUACUGAGAGCACCUGUGGUUAUGAUGCAGAGUAUGAAGACGGAGAAACCAACCAACGACAUUUAGGUAGAGCAAAUGGAGGUAAACCACCUCCUCCGCCGUGGCAACCGUCUGAGUUUCACGCUUACUCCAGUGUCUACGUAGGCGGGGUAAUGAUGGGAGAAGGUGGUGGUGGAGAUGGGAGAGUAGGAUGUGGUGGUGGAGUCUCAGUGAGAGACCACGGUGGAGGUGAUGAUCACCUUCUCACCUGGCCACGCCGUUCGUGCUCCCCAGGGAGCUUCGAGGAUGUGGGCGGAGGCGGCGGCUACACUCCGGACUGCAGCUCCAAUGAGAACCUGACAUCCAGUGAAGAGGACUUCUCCUCAGGCCAGUCUAGUCACGUCUCACCCAGCUCCACGACGGCCUUCCGCCGACCUUUUAGGGAAAAGAGCCGCUCGCCAUCACAGAACUCUCAGAAUUCGCAGCACUCCUUCGACAGCAGCAGCCCACCAACUCCACAGUCCCAGAAGCGUCACCACCGGCAACAGGGAGGUCACGUGGUCAUGUCUGAGGCCACCAUUGUGAGCGUUCGCAAGACAGGACAAAUCUGGCCACCUGCUUCCCACCAUGACCUCUUGCCCCAUGGUAGGGCAUCCCAUGACAACAGUUUCCAUGGAGACCACCUAGAUGCCCAUUUCACUGGGACUCCUCCCACCUACGGUUAUGAUGCAGACCGAGCCGAGGAGCAAAGGAGGCACCAUGACAUCCUGCCGUUCAUCGAUGACUCGCCAUCAUCUUCGCCGCACCUCAGCUCCAAGAGCCGCAGCAGUCGGGAUACUCUGUCCUCUGGCUCGCUGGAGUCCUCCAAAUCGACGGAAUGUGACCUGGAGAAAGGGUUAGAAAUGAGAAAGUGGGUCCUGUCCGGGAUCUUGGCCAGUGAAGAAACAUACCUCAGCCACCUGGAGGCACUGCUGCUGCCCAUGAAGCCGCUGAAGGCUGCAGCUACGACAUCCCAGCCGGUGCUGACUGUGGCCCAGAUAGAAACCAUCUUCUUCAAAGUGCCUGAGCUCUAUGAAAUCCACAAGGAGUUCUAUGAUGGACUGUUGCCCCGCGUGCAACAGUGGAGUCACCACCAGCGAGUCGGGGAUCUUUUCCAGAAAAUGGCCAGCCAGUUAGGAGUUUACCGAGCAUUUGUGGACAAUUAUGAACUGGCUGUGGAGACGGCUGAGAAGUGCUGCCAGGCUAACACACAGUUUGCUGAAAUUUCAGAGAACCUGAGAGUGAGGAGCCCCAAGGACAGUAAAGACCAGACGGCUAAGAACUCUCUAGAAGCUUUGUUGUACAAACCGGUGGACAGAGUGACACGCAGCACACUGGUGCUCCAUGACCUACUCAAACACACACCCUCUGGUCACCCAGACCACCCUCUUCUGCAGGACGCGCUGCGGAUAUCGCAGAACUUUCUAUCCAGCAUCAAUGAGGAGAGCACAUCCCGCCGUCAGUCUGUGACUGUCAGGAAGGGAGAGAACCGGCAGCUGCUGAAGGACAGUUUCGUGGUGGAGCUGGUGGAAGGAGCCAGAAAGCUGCGGCACGUCUUCCUGUUCACCGAUCUGUUGCUCUGCGCCAAACUGAAGAAACAGAUCGGAGGAAAAAGUCAGCAGUACGACAGCAAGUGGUACGUCCCGCUGACUGAGCUCACCUUUCAAGGCCCAGAGGAGGCCGAACCACUUACGAUCCCCCAGGUCCCAGACGAGGAGCUGGACGCCAUGAAGGUCAAGAUCUCCCACCUCCGCAGUGAGAUUCAGAGAGAGAAGAGAGCCAACAAGGGUUCAAAGGUCAUCGAUCGUCUCAGGAAGAAACUGUCUGAGCAGGAGUCUCUGCUCUUAUUAACAUCUCCAAGCAUGGCCCUCAGAAUCUACAAUAGGAGCGGCAAGAGUUACAUAUUUUUGAUUUCGUCUGACUAUGAGCGUGCAGAGUGGAAGGAGAUAAUUAAGGAACAGCAGAAAAAAUGUAUCAAACCUGCCUCUUUGACUUCAAUGGAGCUGCAGAUGUUGACCAGCUCCUGUGUCAAACUACAAACUGUCCACCACAUUCCACUUAGCAUCAAUAGAGAAGAGGAUGAAUCAGUCGGACUCUACGGGUUCCUGAAUGUCAUUGUCCACUCUGCCGCUGGUCUCAAACAGAGUCUGAAUCUCUACUGCACACUGGAGGUAGAUUCCUUUGGAUUUUUUUCAAAUAAAGCCAAGACGAGAGUAUAUCGCUACACCACUGAACCCAAGUGGAACGAGGAGUUUGAGAUUGAACUGGAGGGCUCUCAGACCCUGAGGCUGCUCUGCUAUGAGAAAUGUUACAACAAGACCAAACAGAACAAAGAGGAUGGAGAGAGCACAGACCGCAUCAUGGGGAAAGGACAGAUCCCGCUUGAUCCUCAGGCUCUACAAGGCAAAGACUGGCAGAGAACAGUCAUUCCUAUGAAUGGGAUCGAGGUUAAACUGUCUAUGAAGUUCACCAGCCGAGAGUUCAGCCUGAAGAGGAUGCCUUCACGGAAACCCAUGGGUGUGUUCGGAGUCAAGAUUUCCACGGUGACCAAACGAGAACGCUCCAAGGUGCCCUACAUUGUCCGACAGUGCCUAGAGGAGAUUGAAAGAAGGGGUAUGGAGGAGGUGGGCAUCUACAGAGUAUCAGGUGUGGCCACUGAUAUUCAGGCCCUGAAAACCGCCUUUGACACCAAUAACAAAGAUGUGUCAGUGAUGAUGAGUGAGAUGGACGUCAAUGCCAUCGCCGGAACCUUAAAGCUGUAUUUCAGAGAACUUCCAGAACCUCUCUUCACUGAUGAACUCUACCCUAAUUUUGCCGGUGGAAUCACUCUAUCCGACAGUGUUGCCAAAGAGAGCUGUAUGUUGAACUUACUGCUGUCACUGCCAGAACCAAACCUGGUCACAUUCCUUUUCCUUUUGGACCACUUGAAGAGAGUGGCAGAGAAGGAAAGUAUCAACAAGAUGUCUCUCCACAACCUGGCGACAGUGUUCGGACCGACCCUGCUGAGGCCUGCUGAGAAGGACAGCAAGAUCCCUGCCAACCCCACUCAACCCAUCAGCAUGGGGGACAGCUGGUCCCUGGAAGUUAUGGCACAGGUCCAGGUUUUGCUGUAUUUCCUCCAGCUGGAGACGAUCCCAACUCCGGACAGUAAGCGGCAGAGCAUCCUCUUCUCCACAGAAGUAUAGAGUCCAUCAGCUCUGAAGGUGUGAAAACCAGACGGACCUCGGCUCUAAGCAAGCCUACAGUAGUAUGUUUUUCAAUUUUGGCCAACACAGCCAGACACAAGAGGGUGCUGUUGGGUCUUAUAAAGCUCAAAGGGGGUUGAGGUAUUUCUGUGCGUCAUUUCUUGUAUUUCAUCAACCUCUGACUACAACGACAGUUUUGGAAUGGCACACUAAACUGACAGAAUCAAGGGAUCUUUCUUGAUUUUCUUACUUUUUGAUUUGUCUGCAUGGAAGGCAAUGCCAGUGCAGUUGUACAUAAAUACACAUCAACGUAAACAAGCGUUUGUUCACCUCAAACAUAAGAAGACGAGGAGAUACCCCUGAUCCAGAUCUGUCUGUCUGUCUCUCUCUCUCUCUCUCUCUCUCUCUCUCUCUCUCUCUCCUCUCUCUCUCUCUCUCUCUCUCUCUCUCUCUCCUCUCUCUCUCUCUCUCUCUCUCUCUCUCUCUCUCUCUCUCUCUCUCUGUUAUGUCUCUUCUGCUUACAUAUCAUAGAUGCAAUAUAUUUUCUAACGUAGACCUCGUCCGUCUUCAUCUCUUCGUCCAUCUUAGUGUAACGUACCAUCAGACAGCUUGCCAAAUUCCAUCCUUUGCUCUUCAGAGAAAUGGAUACAGUUGUAAUUAUAGAUACCGUAUGUACAUAUAGUUGUAUCGUUUUGUUUUGCAAUUUAAUCAGCGUUAUUAUUAUUAUAAUUUAUUUUGGGAUCUUGGGGGAAGAUUUUUUGUUUUUCUAUGUCUUUUUUUUUUUUUUUUUUAAGAAAAUGGUCUUGUUCGCCUUUACUGGAAGUCUUGCAGUAACUAAGCAGGAUUUAGGCUUGUUCUUUUAGAAAUGACUCCGUCAAAACACUGCGGUGGUAACACACAAACAUGGUGGUUUCAUACUGUAUGCUGCUGUGGAAAAGGCACAAGCUCUUAAAGCACCGGGUCUCCCGUUUUUCUCAGCCAUGGCCUGUCUCAUGUAGACUUUAUGCAAAGUCAUAUUACUACAGCACACGCAUGUGGCGUUGUUCCAUUUUACCAUUUCAUCUGUGCACUCUCUCAGUGUUUAGUACCACUCUAUUAACAAUUCAAGUGACCUGAGCGUUUUUUUCAAUGAAGGAAUAUUAUAUCACUCUGCCAUUCUAGUUUAUCUCAUUCAACGAGGAAAACGACUGAAUAAUUCUCUUGCCCUGUUAGCUGUUCUUUGUCACAUUAAGCGUGAUGCACACAAGCUGAAAGCUCUUUCCUGUGCUUUAUUGAUGCUAAUUUAUUCGGUGUUUUAGUUGAUGUGUCUUUGAUUUAACAUGCAGGCGUGUUUGCUUGUUUUUUUUUUUUGUUACAAUCACAAAAAGUGCACUAGCAGUCUUGGUAUCAGGAUAUUGGUUUACAUUAUUUCCUCCAGUAAACACUAAACAGAAGGUUUGUUUUCAUGUCUGAGUUUUUUUUCUCAACAGUCUUACAACUUAUGGGAUGAGAAGGAAAGAAUAAGUUACCACAAAUCCAGAAUUUUUUGUUUUGUUUUGUUCAGCAGGGUUUUGUCGGUUUCUCGUAAAAUAAUGCAUGGACCUGAUUUUUUUUUUUUUUUUGAUCUUGCAUAUGUGGAAUUUCAGUGUAUGUAGACGUGCAGUUUGGUGCUGACCCAUUGAGUUAAAGCUGGGUGGCUGUGGGUAGUUUACAUGUUUAGAGAUUUUAGGG